AUGGAAACAAUUCCAAUCGGAGCGCCAAAGAAUCCACGGAAAAUCUCAUCUUCUUCUUUCAAUUUUGCCCGUGAUGGAGUGCCGACUACUUCUGGCAUGCUCAAUGCUUCUCUGGCCACUUGCGCCAUGGCGACCGGUCGCGUUUUCUACCGCUGCUAUGUCGCUGUCUGCGGGCUCCCUGAACCUCGAAAGGAUCACGCCAUUGCCAUGGCACGAUUUGCUAGAGACAUCCUUUCGAACAUGUUCCGAAUAACUAAACAACUCGAAGUGACGCUCGGCCCUGACACUGCUGACCUCGGUUUGCGUAUUGGCAUGCACAGUGGCCCUGUUACAGCUGGUGUUUUGCGUGGAGAAAGAGCUAGAUUCCAGCUUUUCAGUUUCGGAGACACCAUGAAUCAAGUCAAUCGCAUCGAAAGCUCGGGGCAACGGGAUCGGAUUCACUGCAGCAAGGAAACCGCGGAACUCCUGAAAGAGGGAGGCAAGGAAUCAUGGAUCGAAAAGAGGCAUGAUGUGGUGCAUGCAAGGGGACUCGGGGAGCUCGCCACAUACUGGGUUACUGUUAAGGGAGAACGUGGGGCUGGAAGUCAGAUUGUAGCUCGUCGCGGCCAAAGCAAGAAAUUGAAUGAAGGAUGCACCUCGCAGCUUCCUCAUGACUACACCGGGAAAACUCCGCUGCAAGAAGUACGCGAAAUCAUUCAUCUUCCUGAGUACAAUUUUCGCAAGAGCCGCAAAGAAGUUGACCCCGAGACAGUGGUGAUCCCGACUGAAGUCGUGCAGGAGUUGCAUCAUCUUGUCAGCAGUAUUGCAAGUCUCUACCACGACAAUCCAUUCCAUUCUUUCCAACACGCCAGUCAUGUGGUCAUGUCCGUCACAAAACUGCUCUCCAGAAUUGUAGCCCCGGCACAAAUUGAAGUUGCCGCCUCGAAGCGCAGCAUGCACGACACCACAUACGGUAUUACCAGUGAUCCUUUAACUCAAUUCGCAUGUGCAUUCAGCGCACUGAUUCAUGAUGCAGAUCAUCAAGGAGUCAGCAAUGCUCAACUGGUUAAAGAGAGCACUCCGAUUGCCUCCAAAUAUGAGGAACGCAGUGUAGCUGAACAGAACUCAUUGGAUCUUUCCUGGGAGCUUCUUAUGAGAAAGGACUACGAUCAACUGCGCGCUUGCCUCUUCGAAAAGGAGGCUGACUUGAUCCGCUUCCGCCAGCUUGUAGUGAAUUCCGUGAUGGCCACUGAUAUCACCGACAAGGAUCUGAAAGCCCUUCGCAAUGGCAGGUGGGAUAAAGCCUUCAAGAAGCGGCUCUUAUCAGACAGCAGCCGCCACAGCAAUGGCCCCCAUACCGGGGAAGAGAAUCAGAGAGAUGCUGUCAAUAGGAAAGCUACAAUUGUGAUUGAACAUAUCAUUCAAGCCUCCGACAUCAGUCACACUAUGCAACACUGGCAUGUCUAUCGAAAGUGGAACCAAAACCUCUACGAAGAACUUUACGUUGCCUACUUGAACGGGCGCAUGGAGAAGAAUCCCGAAGAGUUCUGGUAUAAGGGAGAAUUUGGUUUCUUUGACUUCUACAUCAUACCCCUGACUCAGAAACUCAAGGACUGUGGGGUAUUUGGUAUUUCCAGUGAUGAGCUUCUGCAUCACGCCAAGAAGAACAGGGCUGAAUGGGAACCUCACGGCGAGGCAGCCGUUGCCGAAAUGAUCCAAGACGCUCGUCGAAAAUAUGGCGUCAAGGAUAUCGAUUGUUAG